CCUGCCGCCGGAGCCGGGCAUCGGUCGCUCCGUAGACGGCGGACUUUGUUCGGAUGGUUGCUGCACAGGGAUCAUGACGGGAAAGAAGUCCUCCCGGGAGAAGCGGCGCAAACGUAGCAGUCAGGAGGCAGCCGCGGCGCUCGCGGCCCCGGACCUCCUACCUGCCCUGACCAGUAGCGGCAGUGGGAGCACCAGCGGCUGCGGGAGCGUCAGCUGCUGUGGGAACACUAGCUACAGUGGAAGUGUCACCGGCGGCGGCAGCGGCGGCAGCUGUUGGGGUGGGAGCAGCGAGCGGCGGAAGCGGAGGAGCACUGACUCAUCUUCCAGCGUCUCCGGCUCUCUGCCGCAGGAAACCAAGUAUCUUUUGCCAACUUUGGAAAAAGAGUUAUUCUUGGCAGAGCACAGUGACCUUGAAGAAGGUGGAUUGGACCUGACUGUGUCAUUGAAGCCAGUUAGUUUUUAUAUAUCAGACAAAAAAGAAAUGCUUCAACAGUGCUUCUGUAUUAUAGGAGAGAAGAAGUUAAAGAAGAUGCUUCCUGAUGUGUUAAAGAACUGUUCAAUAGAAGAAAUUAAAAAACUAUGCCAGGAACAAUUAGAGCUUCUAUCUGAAAAAAAAAUCUUGAAGAUUCUUGAAGGUGACAAUGGAACAGACUCUGAUGUGGAAGAGGAGGCAGAUGAUGGCUGUAAGAUGGGAUCUGAUCUAGUCAGUCAGCAAGAAAUCUGUGUAGAUUCUACUUCAUCCUUGAGAGAGAACAAGCAACCUGAAGGUUUGGAAUUAAAACAAGGCAAAGGGGAAGAUAGUGAUGUACUCAGUAUAAAUGCAGAUGCUUAUGACAGCGACAUAGAAGGCCCAUGCAACGAAGAAGCUGCUGCUCCUGAGGUCCCAGAAAAUACUGUCCAAAGUGAAGCUGGUCAGAUAGAUGAUCUGGAGAAAGACAUUGAGAAAAGUGUGAAUGAGAUUCUGGGACUGGCAGAAUCUAGCCCACAGGAACCCAAAGCAGCCACCCUGACUGUUCCUCCACCAGAAGAUGUUCAGCCUUCUGCACAGCAGCUGGAGCUGCUAGAACUUGAGAUGAGGGCAAGAGCCAUUAAGGCCCUGAUGAAAGCUGGUGAUAUAAAAAAGCCAGCCUAGUUUUUUAACUGGAGUUUAAUUUUGAGAUGUGUUUGAAUGAAGCCACAUCAUAUAAUUUUGUAUCUGAAGUUUAUUUUGGGUCUUAUAUGAUACUUCUCCUUUACCCCUAUUAGGUAAACUCAUUUGAGGCCUAAAAUACCUAUUUUUUUUAUUACUUUUAUAUUAUAGAUAUGUUAUUGUCUUAUGAAUUAAUGACAAAUAUAAUUGGAUAGCCUAGAUACUUAUUUAGAUGAGUAUUUAGGUAUGUCUGCAAAUUAGUAUCUUAAAAGCCAUUAGCAAAGAGUCAUGUUAUUAUUAUUUUUUUUAAUGUUUAAAUGUUUGGGCACCAAACCUAAAAGCUUCAGAAAAAUUGACCAAGCAUGUUUCUCUUAAGGCUACCUAUAUUUUGCAAUAGACUAUUAAAUUAUUGCUCCUAGAUUUGUUACAAUUUAAGAAAUUUAGUUUUGCUUAUAUACACUUUUAAAAUAUGUACUAUUUUGAAGAUGUCUUAUAUGGGUGUGGAUUUCCUAAUUAAAACUAAAUAAUAAUUUUGUUAUCAGGCUUAGAGAUAAUGAAAUGGCUGAGACUUUUUUUAAUAAAAGAAAGGAUUUAAGGCAGUUUUUAACAAUGUAGAGCUAAUUGCCCAUGUUUAAUUAACAGCAGACAAGCCUUUCUAACAGGUAUUCCAUACUGGUGGACACUUCUUUGUCAAGGUUUUUCCUUCCUUUGUCAAGGUUCCUUUCCUAAAAAAAGGAACAAGAUUUCAUUUACAUUCCAAAUUAUACAAGAUUUCAUCUGGCGGUGUUGCUUGAAGAUCUGAUGUGCUAUAAUGCCGUGAAUCAAAAAUAAUAAAAGGCUAUCAUUUCUGGAUCUGAAGACUUUGAUACUUUUCUGAAAGCAAAAUUAAUUUCAGGAACCUUUGAUAAGUUGUUAUAAUUAAUCUAAUUUUGUAUAGUUCUUGUAAAUUAACAUCUUGCCACAAUUGUAGAUGCUUUUUUUCUCCAUCACUAAUUGCAGUUGUUUGAUACCAAAAUAAAUUUAGGUAGAGACCCUUAACUUAAAAUAAACAUUUUUUUUC